AUGAUACGAUCACUGUGUCGCGCAGGCGGGGUUCUUCUUCAGCAAAGUCGCCGAACAGUGCCGAGGUUGUGGGUGUCCCCGGUUCAGCAGCGAUGGGCGUCCAGUCUGCCCAUGAACACGGUUGUCCUGUUUGUGCCUCAGCAAGAAGCGUGGGUGGUGGAGAGAAUGGGUCGCUUCAAUCGCAUCCUAGAACCGGGAUUAAAUUUCCUCAUACCUGUACUUGACCGAAUCCGGUAUGUGCAAAGCCUCAAAGAAAUUGUCAUUGAUGUCCCAGAGCAGUCUGCAGUAUCCUUAGAUAAUGUUACUCUUCAGAUUGACGGAGUUCUGUAUUUAAGAAUACUGGACCCUUUCAAAGCUAGUUAUGGUGUUGAGGAUCCUGAAUAUGCCGUCACGCAGCUGGCACAGACCACUAUGCGUUCAGAACUGGGAAAACUCACAUUGGACAAAGUCUUCAGGGAAAGAGAAUCCCUUAAUGCCAAUAUUGUGCACUCCAUCAAUCAAGCUUCAGAUGAUUGGGGAAUCCGUUGCUUGCGGUAUGAAAUUAAAGAUAUUCACGUUCCACCUCGUGUGAAGGAGUCCAUGCAAAUGCAGGUAGAGGCUGAACGUAGAAAAAGAGCUACAGUGCUAGAGUCCGAAGGGACAAGGGAAUCGGCCAUUAACGUCGCAGAGGGACGUAAACAAGCUCAGAUUCUUGCUUCAGAGGGUGAAAAGGCAGAGCAGAUCAACAAAGCGGCAGGUGAAGCCCAAGCAGUCUUAGCGAAAGCUGAAGCCAAAGCCAAGGCCAUCCGUUUGUUAUCUGUUGCCCUCACUGAGCAGAAUGGGAAUGCAGCAGCCUCACUAAGUGUAGCUGAGCAGUACGUGUCUGCAUUUUCCAACCUUGCCAAAGAGUCCAACACUGUCCUUCUCCCAUCAAAUACUGGAGACAUAAGCAGCAUGGUUACACAGGCCAUGAGCAUUUACAGUACAUUAGCAAAGACAAGUUCGAAGAUUCCACCAGAAGAAGCGGAGAACAGUGAAGAUGUUUUGGAUGCACCAGAAACUAAAUAA